UCAUUCACUUUUUAGAUGUUCCUAUUACUUCAGCUGAAGAAACUAAAUCACUCGAAUGGCCAAAUCAGAUUUAAUUACCAACUCCACCUGGCAGCCCUGGCAUCACUCAAGGGAGACAUAGUAGAGCUGAAUAAACGCCUGCAGCAAACAGAGCGGGAACGAGACCUACUGGAAAAGAAGUUGGCCAAAGCACAGUGUGAGCAGUCACACCUCAUGAGAGAGCAUGAAGAUGUCCAGGAGCGCACGACACUUCGCUAUGAGGAGCGCAUCACAGAACUCCACAGCAUCAUUGCAGAGCUCAACAAGAAGAUAGACCGCCUGCAAGGCACCACCAUCAGGGAGGAAGAUGAAUACUCUGAACUUCGGUCAGAGCUCAGCCAGAGUCAACAAGAGGUCAAUGAGGACUCUAGAAGUAUGGACCAAGACCAGACCUCUGUGUCCAUCCCUGAAAACCAGUCUACUAUGGUCACUGCUGACAUGGAUAACUGCAGUGACCUGAACUCAGAACUGCAGAGGGUACUGACAGGGCUGGAGAGUGUCGUCUGCGGCAGGAAGAAGAGCAGCUGUAACCUCUCUGUAGCCGAGGUGGACAGGCACAUCGAGCAGCUCACCACGGCCAGCGAACACUGUGACUUGGCCAUCAAGACAGUUGAGGAGAUUGAGGGAGUUCUUGGUCGGGACCUUUAUCCCAACUUGGCUGAGGAGCGGUCCCGUUGGGAAAAAGAGCUGGCUGGACUUCGGGAAGAGAAUGAAAGCCUGACGGCCAUGCUAUGUAGCAAAGAAGAGGAGCUGAACCGGACCAAGGCCACUAUGAACGCCAUCCGCGAGGAGCGGGACAGGCUCCGGAGAAGGGUCCGAGAGCUCCAAACUCGACUGCAGAGUGUCCAGGCCACUGGACCUUCUAGCCCUGGUCGCCUCACUUCUGCCAAUCGCCCGAUUAACCCCAGCACUGGAGAGCUAAGCACCAGCAGUAGCAGCAAUGACAUCCCCAUCGCCAAGAUUGCUGAGAGAGUGAAGCUAUCAAAGACCAGAUCUGAAUCUUCAUCAUCUGAUGGGCCAGUCCUGGGAUCAGAAAUCAGUAGCAUUGGGGUUUCCAGCAGUGUGGCAGAACACCUGGCCCACUCACUUCAGGACUGCUCCAAUAUCCAGGAAAUUUUCCAAACCCUCUACUCACAUGGAUCUGCCAUCUCUGAAAGCAAGAUUAGAGAGUUCGAGGUGGAAACAGAACGAUUGAAUAGCCGGAUUGAGCACCUCAAAUCCCAAAAUGAUCUCCUCACCAUAACUCUGGAAGAAUGUAAAAGCAACGCCGAGAGGAUGAGCAUGUUGGUGGGAAAAUACGAAUCUAACGCCACAGCACUGAGGCUCGCCUUGCAGUACAGUGAACAGUGCAUGGGAGCCUAUGAACUCCUACUGGAACUGGCUGAGAGCGAGCAGAGCCUCAUCCUGGGGCAAUUCCGGGCAGCUGGUGUGGGCUCCUCCCCUGGAGACCAGUCAGGGGAUGAGAAUAUCACUCAAAUGCUCAAGCGGGCUCAUGAUUGCCGGAAGACUGCUGAGAAUGCUGCCAAAGCCCUGCUUAUGAAGCUGGAUGGCAGCUGUGGUGGAGCCUUCGCUGUGGCCGGCUGCAGUGUACAGCCCUGGGAGAGCCUGUCCUCCAACAGCCAUACCAGCACCACCAGCUCUACAGCCAGCAGCUGUGACACAGAGUUCACUAAAGAAGAUGAGCAGAGACUGAAGGAUUAUAUCCAACAGCUCAAGAACGACAGAGCUGCCGUCAAGCUGACCAUGCUGGAGCUGGAGAGCAUCCACAUCGAUCCGCUCAGCUAUGACGUCAAGCCAAGGGGUGACAGCCAGAGGCUGGACCUGGAGAAUGCUGUGCUGAUGCAGGAGCUGAUGGCCAUGAAGGAAGAGAUGGCUGAGCUGAAGGCGCAGCUCUACCUGUUGGAGAAAGAGAAGAAGGCCCUGGAGCUGAAGCUGAGCACCCGGGAGGCGCAGGAGCAGGCCUACCUAGUGCACAUUGAGCACCUCAAGUCCGAGGUGGAGGAACAGAAGGAGCAGAGGAUGCGGUCCCUGAGCUCCACCAGCAGCAGUGGCAAGGAGAAGCCUGGCAAGGAAUGUGCUGAUGCUGCGUCCCCAGCUUUGUCACUGGCUGAAGUAAGGACAAAUAGUGACAGUGAGCUGGCCACAGAGUUUGCCAAUGCCAUCCGACGGGAGAAGAAGUUGAAGGCCAGAGUUCAGGAGCUGGUCAGCGCCUUGGAAAGACUCACCAAAAGCAGUGAGAUCAGACACCAGCAGUCGGCAGAGUUUGUUAAUGACCUAAAACGGGCCAACAGUAACCUGGUGGCUGCCUAUGAAAAAGCAAAGAAGAAGCACCAAAACAAGCUGAAGAAGUUGGAAUCUCAGAUGAUGGCUAUGGUGGAGCGACACGAAACCCAAGUGAGAAUGCUCAAGCAAAGAAUAGCUCUUCUGGAGGAAGAGAAUUCCAGGCCACAUACCAACGAAACUUCACUGUAACAGGCAUCAGGGCCCAAAGCUCAGCCUCAAGGGGCUAAACCCCAGCAGCUCUGAAGUCCUCAGUGGAGACAGAGCCAAGGAAGGGGAAGAUUGUAUAUAGGUUACGGGCUCCACCCUUGGCGUGAGCGGUCAUGAUGGCACUGUGGACCAUGUAUGCACAGGUUCCAGCUACUCCAGGCCUGGCCACAAAAGGCAUCAGCAAUGGCCCCAGCUAAGUGCUUAGUUGUGUCUUUUGUGUUUUCACCACUCAAGUUCUCAUGCUCUCACUUGUUCUGUAUAGCAGUGGGAAUCCUGGCAUUUGGUUUUAUGCAGACUUCUAAGCUGUUUUUGUUUUUCUUGAUUUGUUUUUGUUUUUGCUUUUCAUAGACUAUGGACUUUUCUUGCUUCCUCCUCUAAGGGAAAAGUGACAGCGUUUUGUGUGUCUCCAGCAUCUAGGGCACAAGGCUCUGGCUUCCAGGUCCUAUGGUACCAUAUUCCUGAGAUACAGUCACAUAGAGGGAUUAGCUGAGAGUUACAGACCACAGGACAGCAGUGUCAUUGAUCAUCCCAGACACACUGCAGUUUCAAAGAGAGCAUCAAGGCUGUGUGUAGCCAGUUCUGUACUGGACAAAUAGAAGCAUCUUCCAUUUUUCUUUCACAGGCAGGACUAGGCUAAAGCUGUUUUAGUUCCCGUCUAGCAAGAGUAGAAUUCAGAAUGCAUAUAUCUCUAAGAUUUUACCAGGGGUUUCCUCCAGGGUAGAGAAAAGUAGUAUUAUCUCUUUCCCAGCCCCAGGGCACUACCGUUCCUAUUCUGAAUCAAACCUAGCCACUGGAGAACGUGUGUAGCUGGGCCCUGCCUCUCUAAGAGCAAGAGGCUUUACACUGUUGGACACUGAAGAGACCCUUAAUGUUGUAAAAGAUGGUCCCCACCUUUUUAAUAGAGUGACACUGAACCUUUAGUCCCCCAACAUCAUGAAGGGAAUAGGAUGAGGAAAUGGCUGAUAGGCCUAUUCUGUCCCUCCAGGUGAUUUCAAGCUAAAUGGUGACCGGGAAGUUAUGACCUAAGUACCUGAACUCCUCUAGGGAGGCAUUCUAGAAUGUUUAACUGUGUCUGUGAGCAAUAGAAAAGAACAGUUUGGCCUUUUUUCACCUGUAGCCCCAAGAUCCUACUCAUCUGCUAUGAGAAAUGGGUUACACUGUCAUAACUGGAUGACAUGCUGCACUGUGUUGAUGCUGUAGACUCCAGGCUGGGGGGGGGGGGGUUGCUCCAGCCCCC